AUGACCAUUUCACCGGUAGUCACGCAAUACUAUCUCCAAUUGAAAACGAAUGUUCCUGUUCCAAAGCUAUAUGGAAUCCUUGGGGACAUUGCGGUCAUGAAACGGGUGCCUGGCGAACCUCUUGCGAAAGCGUGGGCAUCGAUGCCUCUCUCGAGCAAAGGAGAAGUCGUUAAGCAACUAGCGAACAUUCAAGCCCGGCUCCUGCGCAUACGCCUGCGGACGAUUGGACGCUUCCAAUGGGAUCCCAGUCUGUUCGCCUCCCAGCCGCAAACACCACGCUUCAAAGUGGGAACGGGAAUAUGUAGCGAUCUCGGCCCUCAGAAAUCAAUCGGAGGCCUAUUCAAGACGCUUAUCGGAAGCUUGUCGGAAAAGUUAAAUGAAAACAACCGAACGAAAGCUUUGCUCAGCAGAGUACGCAGUCGCGUCGCCUCAAUUGUGAACGACAAAAACUGCAACCACAAGCGGAAGGGACUCGCCUUGGAGCACGAUGACUUGGACCCGAGGAACAUUAUGGUGGACAAGGACCAUGUCACUGGCAUUCUUGAUUGGGAUGGAGCCACGGUUAUCCCGAGAGAACUUGCCUCACCAGGCCUCCCCUGGUUACAAGGUACGUACGGAAUGUCAGAGGCGGAAGAAAGGGAGAUCGCAACAUUGUUUAACAUCUACGAGACAACUCUGGAGCGAGCUGGUGAGGGGGAGAAGGCCCUCAAGUUGCGCGAGGCAACUCGAUACGAUGCACCACCUGGUCUAAGUGAUCUCUGGGUCCUGCUUUCCAUCGAGAAGACGUUUGGUUGGGCCGAACUUCUCGUCUCAGAGGGGAAGGGAACGGUAUUUUUCGCCGUCUGA